UCCGAGCUAAAAAUCAACCCCAAACAAACACACCCUGAUUAGGCAGCGGUCCCCGUUGCUCUUCGUCUCCCGCCGAGUUUCUUGCGAAUUCACGACCGUUUUCUCUUCGGGACACAAUUAACCCAGGAAUCUCCAACGAUUCUCAGUAGUAAUCACUUGAGUAGAACGCCAUCGCAGCCCGGGUUCGCGGCAAAAAAAAAACAACCAGCGAAGGAGAUGGGAGUGGAGGAGCCAAUGGACUGCAGAAAUUGGGACCAAGAUUCCUACGGAGACUCCAUUUUGCGAGAGCGAGAAACACUCUCCAGAACAGUGUUCAGAACAGCAUUUUCGCCCAACCCUAACCCUAACCCCAAUUCCGACCACAUAGUCACUGCCUCAAGCGAUGGCGUCAUUGCCUCUUACUCCAUAUCUUCGUGCCUCGGGAUGGGUUGUGGAAGUGCGAGGGGUCAAAAUUGGCUUGUUGCGGAACCGAAGUUUUUGAUUCAGGGGCACGAUGGACCAGCAUAUGAUGUUAAAUAUUAUGACAAUUCUUUAUUGUUGAGUUGUGGUGAUGAUGGCCGAAUUCGAGGGUGGAGAUGGACGGAAAGUGUAGAAAAUGAGGUGCCGGUUGAAGGAGACAGACUCAAGCUCGUACUUGACAUGAUGACUCCGCAGCAUAAAGGUCCUUGGGGUGCACUCUCUCCAGUUCCUGAAAUUAAUGCUAUUGCAGUUGAUUCCAAGAAUGGGUCUGUAUAUGCUGCUGCUGGGGACUCUUGCGCCUACUGCUGGGAUAUUGAGAAAUGUCAAAUCAAGGAGCUUUUCAGAGGACAUUCAAAUUAUCUACACUGUAUUGCAUCCUGCAAUUUGAGCAAUCAGAUUAUAACUGGUUCUGAAGAUGGCACUGCACGUAUAUGGGAUUGCAAAAGUGGGAAGUGUACCCAAGUAAUUGAUCCAGGAGAGGGUGAAAAGUCAAACUUACGUUUUCAAUUUAUGAGUUGCAUUGCACUUGAUUCAAGUGAGAGCUGGUUGGUUUGUGGAAAGGGUCAGUCCUUAUCACUUUGGAAUCUUCCUGCCGGUGAAUGUGUUUCAGUUGCUAGAACUCAUGCUUCUAUCCAAGAUGUUACAUUUGAUCAAAACCAAAUUCUAGCUGUUGGAGCCGAACCACUUCUCACACGACUAAACAUGAAUGGAGAACUCCUUUCACAGAUUCAGUGCGCUCCUCAAUCUGCAUUUUCCGUUUCUUUGCACUCCUCCGGGGUGAGUGCUGUGUCUGGUUAUGGAGCAGUGGUCGACAUAAUCUCGCAAUUUGGCAGCCAUUUGUGCACAUUCCGCUGUAAAGGGCUGUAACUGUGAGUUAUGCUGCAUUUGUUAUUUGGAGAGUUUUGAAUACAUAGAAAUAGAAUACAGCUUCAUGCUCUCUCAUCUUUCUUGAUUAA